AUGGCAGGAAUUUGUCGAAUCUCGAGAGCAGUGCCUCUCUCACGGCGCAUUCUCGCUUCUCAUCACACCACGACUCGAACAUACGCCACUCCAUCAAAUAUCCAUCCAGUGGUCGCACCACCACGCCAUCACAAGACUAUCGUCAUCGGAUGCGGCAGCGCUGGGCUCAAUGUCAGUCAUCAGCUUCUACGAACUGGCCGAUUUGCACAAGACGACAUCGCCGCAGUCGAUCCGGCCGAGUAUCAUCAUUACCAACCAGGAUGGACACUUGUCGGCGGCGGCCUUAAAACCAAAGAAGAACUGCGACGCCCUCUCAAGAGCUUGAUCGAUCCUCAACUCAAGUUCUACAACACUGGGGUAACCUCGUUCUUACCGAGUGACAACACCGUUACGUUGAGCAGCGGCGAAAAGCUUACGUACGAUCAUCUUGUUGUGGCACCUGGCAUCACCUUGAACAUCGACGCCAUCAAGGGUCUUUCAGAUGCCCUCGCAAACCCUGACUCGCACGUGAAGUCCAUCUUCAGCUACAGCACUUGCGAUCAGGUUUGGAGCGAUAUCACCAAGUUCCAAGGUGGCAAUGCCAUCUUCACUCACCCUUCUGGUCCCAUCAAAUGUGCAGGCGCUCCCCAGAAGAUCAUGUGGCUGGCACUUGACAAGUGGCAGAAGUCAGGUCUAUACAACGUUCGAAACUCGAACUCAUCCACCAAGAUCUCGUUCGCCACAGCUCUUCCAGUCAUGUUUGGCGUGCCAAAGUACAGCAAAGCACUCGAUAAGCUUCGCAAAGAGCGAGGUGUUCAAGGAUUGUUUGAGCAUGAUUUGGUGUCGAUUGAGGGAAAUACGGCGAUCUUUGCUCGCCCUGGCAAUCAGGAUCAGGUCAAGAAGCAUUUCGACUUUCUGCACGCAGUACCAAAGAUGGGUCCUCAUGGUUUCGUCAAGAACAGUGCUCUGGCGAACGCGGCAGGCUUUGUCGAUGUAGAUGAUGCGACCACUCAACACAAGAAGUACUCAAACGUGUGGAGUUUGGGAGACGCCUCAAGCCUACCUACUUCUAAGACCGCCGCCGCCAUUACAGCACAAGCACCGGUCUUGGUCAAGAACCUCAUCAAUGCUAUAGACGGCACGCCAAGCGAGUCCAAGUAUGACGGCUACACCUCCUGUCCUCUCCUGACAGAGUAUGGCAAAGUCAUGCUUGCCGAGUUCCGCUAUGGUGGUGAGCCAAAAGAGACUUUUGGAAACUGGCUUCGAAUCGACCAAGCCACGCCUCGUGGUGCCUUCUACCAUCUCAAGAAAGACUUCUUUCCGUGGGUCUACUACAAGUCAAUGGUCAAGGGCCAAUGGGGCGGACCCAAGGGCUGGCUGCGGGAUUGA